UAUAACCGAACAAUUUACAAUAUACAUUGUGGAAAAGUGUCAGUGAAACGUAUUAAUCAAUUAAAUGAUAAACAUUAAAUCAACACUAGCGUCAUAGUGAUUCAAACUACCCGAUAAUAGCAAUAAUAACAAAAUAAAAAAAAAAACUAAUAAUAACAAAAUAAUAAUCGAGUGUGAAUAAUUGUGAGUAAUGGCUAAGUGUGGUGGAUGUGGACAGUUCAUUGCGGCGUCGGCUGGCAUCCGGUGCAGCAAGUGCACGGGCUGCUAUCACCGAGCCUGUGUGGGUGUACCAGCCGCGGCCGCCCCCGCGCCUGGUUGGCUGUGUCCCGGCUGCAAGGCGAAAUUGCCUAAGACCGACAAUUCCGCAACCCCAGUGAAGAGUGCAGCAGCUGACUUCACGGAGACAAAUAGUCCGCCCACCGACACCACUGCGAGUCUGGAUCUGGCACGGGAGAUACGGUCUUUCAGGGAGGAAUUGAGUGCGCUCCGAGCGGAGAUACGCGAAAUGCGGCAGGAGACUGCUGACUUCAGGGCUGCCAUCAGGGGCUGCAACGAGCGCAUGGACGAAGUGGAGCACAGGGUGACCAACCUCGAGCAGCGCUUUGAGGCUAGGGACCCGUCAUCCUACGACCACCUAGAGGAGACGAUAGCUGACCUGAAACUCCAGUUAAACGAGCGCGACCAGGACCUGCUGCUCAACGAUGUUAUCGUGUCAGGCAUUCCUGAAUCGAAGGCCGAGAACCCGGCACAUUUAAUAAAAACAGUGUCUCUAAAGCUGGGGAUUGCUCUCGACGAUAGGGAUAUUGUGAACGUCGAGCGUCUUGGCAUGGUGCGGCGCAACUUUGUCACGAGUGCAUCCCAAGGUGACAUAACGGAGCGACCGCGACCACGCGUCAUUGCCGUGCGCCUGUCUCGCCGUGCGGUCCGGGAGCAACUGAUUCGCGCGGCGCGUGUGCGCCGCGGGCUCACCACUGCAGACCUCGAUCUGCCCGGCCAGCCGCGGGGGGUCUACGUUAACGAGAGUCUGACUCGCUCUAACGCAAGGCUCUUUCGUACCACUCGUGAGGCUGCGCAGCGUCAAAAAUUCAAGUAUGUGUGGACCAAAGAGGGACGCAUAUACGUGCGGAAGGAGGACGGCGUAUCCGCUCUUCGCGUUCGAUCGGAAGCCGAUAUCAGAAAAAUAUUUUUUGGAGACGGCCCGGUUUGAUUAUUGAGGGUAUCAAUAAAUACUUUCUUUUCAAAAUUUACCCUUUUAAAAUUGUUUUUUUGUUAAACUUGCUAUAUAUCUUGCACUUUGUUUACAUCACGGUAAUAGUAAUUAGGUUGUACUUAUGUUGUGGACCUUUUGAUGUUUUGUUUGGUUUUCUAUGUGUAAUUUCUGCGGUGUAUGUUUAUUUCGCGGUUGGUACAGCUUGCAGUGACGUUAAUCUGAGCGGGUUCCUAGUUGGCGCGCGCUUGAAUGUA